AUGAAUCAAGAAGCCAAAGACGAGAAAUGGGGGGGAAAGCUCACAGCCCGUCCCACGCAGACCACCUCCGCCGGCCCAACCUCCGCAUCGGCCAUCCGCAUCCGCGAGAACCAGCGACGCUCGCGCGCGCGCCGCAAAGAGUACGUCGAGACCAUGGAACGCAAGGUCCAAGAGUACGAGCGCCGGGGCAUCGACGCCACCCUCGAGAUGCAGCAGGCCGCCCGCACCGUGGCCGUCGAGAACGCCCGCCUGCGCAUGAUGCUGGCCCAGAUGGGCGCGGGCUCCGCCGACGUCGACGCCUUCCUGCAGACCUUUCAGGACCGGGACGCGGCGCAUACCCUGUCGUCGGUGCGCUUUCUGCAGGGGCAGCCGCCGUCGUCUUCUUCCUCUUCCUCUACUACAACCGCUUCCUCUUCGGCCGCGGCUCAGGCCCAAGGCUGCUGCGAUGAGUUUGCCCGGCACGACGGCGGCGGCGGUUCCUACGGACGAGGGCUAGGAACCGGUCUCGCCGUCGUCGAGAUGCCACGCCUCAACAGAGCAUGCCCUCCGCUCGACGUCCUCGCCUCGGCAAGCGUCCAGCAGGGCUGUUGCGACGACGGCGACGGCCGCUUUGCCCAGGUGCCGGCGCUGAGCUCCACUCGGGCCGAGAGCCCAUCAACUGUCGAGCCCAGUCCGGGAGCAGCGACGCCAUCCUCUCAAGGCGCCGGCCUCCUCGGCUCGCCGCUUAGCAUGUCGUGCGACGCGGCGGCGCAGAUCAUUGCCGAUAUGCAAGGCUGUGCGGUCGGUCGGGGCUUGGUCAAGGAGGAGCCUGGAUACGGCGGCCAGGACAAAUGCUUGGCCAGCAACGACAGCAACCACCCCGUCCUCUUUCAGGUCCUUGAAAGCCACAGCCAGUUUCGAUGA